CUCGCAAACUGGAAAAUAAUGUAUUAUAUUUAAAUGGAGGAGUGUUGUAAGUUUUGGGUCAAAGUGCAAGAAAGGCUACAUUAACAGUGAACAGGAAAGAAAUGAAGCAGCAGCAAUCUGGGUCCACAAUGUCAUCUGUAAAGUCCCUGCCCGUGAGCAUGUGCAGUGAUUUUUGCCCCAGACGUGUCAGUUCACAGGUUGUUUUCUGAACUCUUACAUCAGACUGAAGGUAAUCACUGUGUCCAUGACACUGGAAGAACAGCUUUGUUCACUUGGCCUUAAGAAACUGCUCAGCAUAGCUGCUUAUUUGGUCCAUGAAGAGGAACCAUCUUAUUACCAUUUCAAGACUUUUCCAUGUUUAUGAUGUGUUUCCGUCAGCUUUUUGCCAUUUUAAACAAACAUAACAAGAGAAUCAGAGGUUUAUAGCACGUCAUGUAUUAGCUGCAUUUCAGCUUCACUGCUUCCUAUAAACUGAGUCUGGGGGCUUCUGUCCUCUGAAUGACCAUAUUCAAUCAAAUAUAAGGAACCAUUCUUAAAAAAAAUCAAAGUUAACAUGCCAUAUCUGUAUUAGAUGUGUACAUUUUAAACUUCUGUUAUAUUCUUGCAAAAAACAUGUAGCAGCAACAGCUAAAACAGGCACUAUUUUAAAAAUGUUGAUGUUAUUUAAAAAUUUAUUAACAGUAAAGUCUAAUUAUUCAUCUGGCUGCAGUAUAGUGCUUCCACAGGUUAGUGGAUGUAAAGAGAUAUGUUAUUAGAAUUAUAACUGAGCCACUCAGGUGAUGCAGUGUUGCACUAGUUAAUGACUGUCCCCCAACACUCUCCCCUCCUUUGAGAAUGAUUUUCAUUCCAAAUGUUGGGUCUGAUGACCCUUCACCUCCGAGGAGGCGCUGGACGAGGGCAGCGGGGUGGGGUGCCCUCCUGACCCUCUCUGUCGUCAUCUAUGGCUCCCACGCCCCCCUCAUCGCCCUGACCAAGGUGGACGGGCGAGUACCCUUCAGCCCCUCGUCCUGUGUGGUGAUGAUUGAGCUGACCAAGCUGCUGGUCUCCCUGGCCCUGUUGGUGACCCGGGACCUGCACACCCUGGGCGUGUCCGUGUCCUGGCGCCACGUGGUGCCCUACGCCCUGCCCGCCCUCCUCUACGCCCUCAACAACAACCUGGUGGUGUUCAUGCAGGCCCACAUGGACCCCAGCACCUUCCAGGUUCUCAGCAACCUGAAGAUCGCCUCCACCGCCCUGCUCUACUCCUUCUGCCUGGGGAAGAGGCUGCGGCCCAAGCAGUGGCUGGCCCUGAGCCUGCUCAUGGGGGCUGGGGUGUGUCACAGCUACAGCAGCCUGGAGGUGGAGGAGGAAGGGAGGGGAGGAGGGGACGCCCCUGGGAUUCGGCUCCACGUCUCCGCCUGGGGUCUCCUGCUGGUGCUCACCUACUGCCUGAUAUCGGGGCUGGCCGCCGUGUACACCGAGCUCAUCCUUAAAACCCAGCGGCUGCCGCUCAGCUUGCAGAACCUCUUCCUGUACGUUUUCGGCGUGACGGUGAACGGGGCAGCCCACGUCUCCGGCGCCACGGGCGACCGGGGCUUCCUGGAGGGUUACUCCGCGGCGGUGUGGGUCAUCGUGGCAGGACAGGCCACCAACGGUCUGCUGAUGGCCGUGGUCAUGAAGCACGGCAGCAACAUCACCCGCCUCUUUAUUAUUUCCUGCUCCAUGCUGGUCAACACCGCCCUCUCUUGGGCGAUACUGGGACUGCAGCUUACGCCGAUCUUUCUACUGGCUGUGCUGAUGAUCGGGUUGGCUGCUCACCUGUAUUAUGGAACAUAGCACUCACACUAUCCUUCCUGUUUUAGUAGCAAAAACAGGGGCAGCACGGCUAAGCAGAACAAUACCAGUGUGAUACCGCAAGGUUUUUUAUUAUGACAUUAAAGUUCCACACACAUCAUCAGUCCCAACAAAAUCAUUUCUUUCGCUCACUUGUGUUGUGUGCCAGUCAACUUUCCACUGAUUCAUUGUCAUAUUUUGCUUGUUUUUUUUUCUUCCACUUAGUUUACACAAGUUCAGAGAAAGUGAAAUGUAAAUCAAGUUACAUGGAUACUUGAUGCAAAUGAAUAAUGCUGGUCUCACAAGGUGUAAGUCUCAAUGCUGAAUAUUUCAGGGAGCUCCUGAUUGGUGAGGGUCAUUUUCUUUUCCACUGAGCAGCACAGGUCUGCUUUUAGCAUGACCAUCGAAGCUGUUAUACCCAUCAUGCUGUUGGCUUUCUUCUUAUACUGUUUCUUCUUAUACAUGUUUUGAGUCAGCUUUGUUUCUCUUUGCCUACAGGCACCACAUAC